AUGGCCUGUAAGCAGCCAGCGCCAGUGAUGGCUCACAGGAAGAGGCCAGGAACCAGCGGCUCCAGCUGCAGCAUGGUGGUGCCCCCCGUCCAGCCCCACUGCCCCGUCGCCUACCCCCCAGAGCAGCACGACCAGGAGCAUGAGGAGGGGCCGGGAGAGGAGGAGGAGGAGGUCCACUACUGCCGCCAGCAGGGCCUGGAGCCAGAGCUGACGGACAGCCGGCCAGCCACACCUACUAUACCUGUGCCGGAACACGAGCAUGAACACAGCCAUGACCACGAUCACCCAGACUGCCACGACCAUGAUGACCACAGUCACAGCGACGACCAUGCAGAGUGCCAUGGCCACGAGCAUGCAGACUGUCACGGUCACAGUCACGACGACGUAGACUGCCAUAACCACGGCCACGUCCACAGUCACAUCAAUGACCACGACCAUGCAGGCUGUCACGGCCACCGUCAUGAUCACGCUGACAGCCUGGACGGAGACUCCAGCUCUGACUAUGUGAACAACACCUCAGAGGAGGAGGACUAUGAUGAAGGUCUGCCGGAGGAGGACGAGGGCGUCACCUACUACAUCCGCUACUGCCCUGAGGAUGACAGCUACCUGGAGGGCAGCAUGGACUGCAACGAGGCCGAGGCUGACUACACCGCCAGCACUGUGCAGCACGUCCUGGCUGAGCCCCCGGGCGACACAGACGAGUGCCAGGAGGCGGUGGAGGAGUGGGCGGAGGGAGAAGGAGGGGUGGAGGUGCGCUGUGAGGUGGUGGAGCAGGACCCAGAUGAACAGAUCUACAACGUCCUGGACCACCACCCCCUCCCCGCCGCCGUCCUGCACGAGUCCCCCCCACCCACAGAGGAGGAAGAAGAGGAGGAGGAGGAGAGAGCUGGGGUUGCCUACACUGGGGAUUACUAUGGCCCAGAGGAGGACAAUGGGAACUCCGUGGUUCACAUACCGCGGUCUCCAUACCGUGGCCGUAAAGUGGUAGUGGAGGGGGAGACGGGGGAGGAGGCGGAGGAGGACAUUGACCAGAUAGUGGCAGAGAUCAAGAUGAGUAUGAGCAUGGGUAGUCUGAGCAGCGGUGGCACUGACCAGAGCCCUGACGAGCUGCCUGAGCCUGCACCCUACACCCCAACCCCACACCGCCACGACAGCAGACCCAAGUCCCUCAACCUCCCUUCCACACGGCACAACAACCCUGAGCUCCAGAGGGGCUUCAAGGUUCGCUCCCGCACCCCGGAGGAGCGACAGCAGUGGGCUCAAGAACAGAUGACCAACGGUGCGGAGCAUCCCAGGAAACAGCAGCGUUCUGACCUCAACGUGCCACUGGAGAACAACAAUGUCCCGGAGGAAACAAAGAAGGCUGCAUCUUUCCCCAGCUUUGUUGAUGUUCCGGGGCCCUGUGAGCCAGAAGAUCUUAUUGAUGGCAUCAUCUUUGCUGCUAACUACCUGGGCUCCACCCAGCUGCUCUCUGAGAGGAACCCGUCCAAGAACAUCCGCAUGAUGCAGGCCCAGGAGGCUGUCAGCCGGGUCAAGAGGGUUCAGAAGGCUGCCAAAAUCAAGAAAAAGGCGAGCCCAGAGGGGGACGCACAGACACUGACAGAGGUGGACCUUUUCAUCUCCACCCAGAGGAUCAAAGUGCUCAACGCAGACACACAGGAAACUAUGAUGGACAACGCCCUGCGCACCAUCUCCUACAUAGCUGACAUUGGGAACAUCGUGGUGCUGAUGGCGAGGCGCCGCAUGCCGCGCACAGCCUCCCAGGACUGCAUCGAGACCACACCUGGAGCCCCAGAGGCCAAGAAACAGUACCGGAUGAUCUGCCACGUCUUUGAGUCUGAGGACGCCCAGCUCAUAGCCCAGUCGAUUGGGCAGUCAUUUAGCGUGGCUUACCAGGAGUUCCUGAGGGCUAACGGCAUCAACCCAGAGGACCUGAGUCAGAAGGAGUACAGUGACAUCAUUAACACGCAGGAGAUGUACAACGAUGACCUCAUCCACUUCUCAAACUCUGAGAACUGCAAAGAGCUGCAGCUGGAGAAGCAUAAGGGUGAGAUCUUGGGCGUGGUCAUAGUGGAGUCUGGCUGGGGCUCCAUCCUACCCACGGUCAUCCUGGCCAACAUGAUGAACGGUGGGCCGGCCGCCCGCUCCGGGAAGCUCAGCAUCGGAGACCAGAUCAUGUCCAUCAACAACACCAGCCUGGUGGGGCUGCCGCUUGCCACCUGUCAGGGAAUCAUCAAGGGCCUGAAGAACCAGGUGCAGGUGAAGCUGAACAUUGUGAGCUGUCCCCCUGUCACCACCGUGCUCAUCAAGAGGCCAGACCUCAAGUACCAGCUGGGCUUCAGCGUCCAGAAUGGGAUUAUCUGCAGCCUGAUGCGUGGGGGUAUUGCUGAGCGGGGGGGUGUCCGGGUUGGCCACCGCAUCAUUGAGAUCAAUGGCCAAAGCGUGGUGGCUACAGCGCAUGAGAAGAUUGUCCAAGCCCUCUCAAACUCUGUGGGCGAGAUCCACAUGAAGACAAUGCCAGCGGCCAUGUUCAGACUCUUAACAGGACAGGAGACUCCUAUGUAUAUAUAA